CUAAUCGAAAAUUUUGUAAAACCCUAGGAUGGGAGAGAGCUACGACGGCACCGCAUUGCUACUCGCCAUUCUUGGAUCUGCCGCUGCCGGAUGCGCAUGCGCUGUGGUGAUUCGCUUCACCGCUGGAUUUGUGCUGGCUGUGUGGAGAUCAGUAGCAUGGAUCUUGAUCAGGAAGAAAUCCAGUGUCGCGAGUCAAGCGAAGAAGCAGCAGCAGCAGCACCAUUCUCCUCCGCCGGCUAGAAAGCGGCGAGUUUCUCCCCCUCCCCCUUCUCCUCCUCCUCCUCGUCCUCCAGCGAUCCCCGAUCAGGAGCUUGGGAAGAAGAAGGCAGCGCCACAGGUGAAGCCCAAGGCACGGCCUACUCCUCGGCAUCGUUUGGAACUCAACGCUAUCAAAGGGCAUGUCGAUGCUAUCACAGGCAUUGCAUUCUCGUCCAACAGUCGUGGCCUUGCUACAGCCUGUGCUGACAGAGUGGUGCGCAUUUUCAAGCUGGAUGAUCCCACCAGCAAAAACUUGCAUGUUUUGAGGCUCAAUGUGCCCCUUGGAACAGUUCCUACUGGGGUAGCCUUUGGAGAUGGACAAGGUGCUGCGCAAAUUGUGGUGGCUACUCAGGACAUCAACGGGUCCGGGCUUCUCAUGUUUGGUGCUCCCGAAGGAAAGGGUGCUGCGCAAGCAAGAGAGCAGGGAAAGGUCCCGCCGCCGGAAAUAAAAUGGAGGAAAACGCAAAUCCAUGACCGAAGAAACGUGCUAACUUGUGUUGGCGCUCGUUGCGAAUAUGGAAGUGGUGAUGGCGAGAGUGUCUUGAUCGCCACUUGUUCUGAAGGCACCGACAUCAAGAUUUGGUCAGCAGGGAAUGGCACCUGCGUGAAGACUGUAGACACGAACCAGCUUCAGAACACAAUGGCUACGAUUUCUCCGGACGGCCGCUUCCUUGCCGCUGCCGCUUUCACUGCUGAUGUGAAGAUUUGGGAGAUCGUCUAUGGAAAAGAUGGCCAGGUUCGAGAUGUGGUGAAGGUCAUGCUGCUGAAGGGCCAUAAGAGCGCUGUCACUUGGACGUGCUUCACAUGGGAUUCACAGAAGAUAAUCACAGCGUCGAAAGAUGGUUUCAUAAGAAUUUGGAACAUUAACGUGAGAUACCAGAUGGAUGAAGAUCCCAAAUGUAUCAAAGUCUUCCCGAUUCUAUCGAGCGACAAUGGCUUGUACGAGAAGAUCGCCGUGUCCCCGGACGAUAAAAUUCUCGCUGCCACGCACGGGACAACUCUGACGUGGUUAAGCACUGCCGACGGCCAAGUUCUUGAUACAGCAGAGAACGCACACGAUGGUGAAAUCACUUGCAUUACCUGGGCUCCUCAAAGCGUCUCCACAGAUCAAGGCAAAGUUUUGAUCUUGGCAACCGCGAGCGUGGACAAGAAACUUAAACUCUGGUCGCAGCCCCUUUAAAAUUUUGAGCCCGCGAAAUUCAAACUGACAGUUGAAAUUGACGGCUGAGAUUUAUAAACUGGUGGCUUUAGCGUUCUCGCUAGGGUUUUUCGA